AAAAUAAAAAAUAUAUUGACCCAGGUACUUAGUAAUAAUGAAAGUGAAGUGAAAUCUGCAGAUCUCCAGAGGAGACCUGGACCUCCAGCUGCAGGCCAGGAUCUAGCAGUAUCCCAAAGCUACAAACUUGUUCCUUCAGGGGAGUGCAACCCCCUUCAGGACAGGCUGACUCCUCAGUCCCUGAGCAGCUUUGUCAUUGACGACCAGCACCUUACUGCAGCUUAUCAACUGCUAUAAUAUAUUUUUGAAUUUCCCCUUUAGUUCUUAAAAUUUAGAAGAGGUUCUUAUGCAUAAAUGACCACUUCACUGGUGAAAUGGAUUUGCUUCUUUUCCAGAAAGAAUCCAAAGCGAUUGCAAGAUGUGUACUUGCAGUCCUUGUAAGAGCAGUCCCUACCCAUUCUCAAGUUAAUGACGGGAACCAAAGACAGACAGAACUCAACUGCUGUAACUUGCACUGUCCAUGUCUCACAUUCUUCACAGGCUACUGCACAAGCUGCCAAGCCACAAAGAACCAUUGUCGUCUACGGCAUUCCAGAUGGCCUUCUAGAAGAUGACAUAAUGACUGACAUACUAAUGAUUCAUUUUCAAAAGGCAAAGAAUAAAGGCGGAGAUGUGGAAGACAUAGUCUAUCCUACACCAACCAAAGGAGUUGCAUACAUAACAUUUGAAGAUAGGCAAGUUGCAGAGAAUGUCCUUGCAAAAGCUGAGCACCACUUACAGGACAAGAGGCUGCCUGUGGACUGUCCCCUGAAAGUAUCUUUGUAUGGAGAAAGUGUUUUUAUUUGUGUCUCUUGCCUCCUCGAUUUGUCUAUCUUGAGAGAAAAAAACACCUUAGAAGAUCUUGUGGAAGACCUUAGGAAGAAUUUCACAGCUUUGAGCUUUGGAACUUUGCAUUCUAAUGGACAAAUAACUGUGCAGGGACCAUUUUCAUCAAUACAUUCCCUCCAAAAUAAGCUUGCAUUAAAAGUACAUAAUUCCCUUUCAAAAUCUGAUGUUAAGUCUGGGAGAAAAGAGAGCAAAGCAGAUCACAGAUCUAAUACCAAGCCAGCAAAAAGUGAUUUAUCCUUAGAAGUAAGCAAUAAUUUUGUUCAAAGUACUAAAAAAGAGGGAUUAAUUGUUGCCCUUGACACUGAUAUAUAUCUGUACAUGAAAACGUUCAAAGAAAAGAUGUAUCAAAAGAGUCUAGAAAAAUGUGGUGUUAACAGUUAUGAGGUCAGAGAUGGUGAGAUUACCACAAUAUAUCUUGAUAAUGACCCUUCUAACCCAAGUCUUGGCCAGUUAGAACUAGCCAAAAGUAUGGUUGAAUACAUGGCAGCAGAUUUACAAAGUUGUUUGCGCAAAGAAAGAUUGUCUCUGGAAGGAUUCAGCAGAGUUGAGAAACAUAAACAUGAACAGGCAUGUGAGAAUGUAAACUCACAAUACCCUCAUGUUCUGGUUCUUCCAUACUCAACCUACAUAGAUAUUAUAGGAACCUCUUCUGACAUUUAUGAAUUCACACAGCAAGUGAAUAAAAUGGUAAGGCAUUUCCAAAAAGACUCUUGGAGAUAGAUGGUUGAUUUUUUAGGGCAGGCUUAAAUAUUACGAUGUUAUGAUCGAUGCUAUGUUCCGCACAUGAUGAUUGCAAGCCUUGAGUUUUAAGGCACACUUACCUAUGUUAACACAUCACGUGUCUGUUCCUACAUCACAGCAUUGUUUGACAAGGUGGGAAAAUUACACAAAUAAAUGUCUCUAAAGGUUACAGAUGAAUAUAUUGGAUAGACCUAUGCAAGACUGACAUUUUAAGCAGCAACACCAUGUUGAAUGUAAUGGCUUGUUCUGAUCUGCAGAUAAAGAGUGUUCUGAAACAUCUUAAGACAAUGAAUGAACAGAAGUAGGUCAUAAGAAGGGAUAAAAGUUGCAUUACUUACAUGUUUUUAAAAUAUAUGAUUUGCCCUUUUGUGCCUGUCUCUCAUGACCUCAACACACUAAUUAUGGAGAAGUUUUGCUUCAUUAAAGGUUUUUCUACUGAUACUGGAAGAAAAUAGUUCAGUGGUUGAACAAAAUGAUGAGUAUUCUUAUCAGCUUCUUACUUAGUUGGAAGUUUUAUUGUGCUGCAACUUCUGUGAAUUUGUUAUAUAGUAGGUGAUUCCGCAACAGUAUUUCUGGAAGUCCAUAUUUUCUCAUAAUAUGCACAAUAUACAUCGGAUAUCUGUGUUCUAUAUGUUGCUUGGUUACACUGGAUUAAAGCUGGUUUUAUAGGUCAGCGCUGCAGAGGUGUUUUGAAUUAGCCCAACAUGACAACAA